AUGAAGUCGAUUUUUGGGCUUGCGGUCGCUCUCUCAGGCAACUUUGCUUUUGCCUCCAAGCUCUACGCUGCUUCUUAUGGAGGUUCCGUGUACUCUCUCGAGCUGACUAGAGCCAAUGGAUCUUAUGAGCUGUCUACUAUCGACAAGUCACAAGAUUGUGGCAUAAGCCCCUCUUGGCUGAUGCUGGACCAGCCUCACGGAAUAUUAUACUGUCUGAACGAGGCUAUCGGUGCUACCAAUGGCAGCAUCACCUCAUUCAAGGCCCAUGAGGACGGGUCACUUAGCACCAUUGAACGCUUGACAACUCCUGGAGGCCUGGUCAUGUCCGCUAUGUUCUCUGCGCCCGGUGUUAAGGACUCCGAAUUCUUUGCUGUAGCCCACUACGAGACUUCCACUGUGACCAACUACGCUGUGGAUCGUGUCAAGGGCGAAUUCCACAACUUGCAGACCUUUCACUUUGAGAUGUCUCACCCUGGUCCUAACACCACUCGACAAGACGCUCCUCAUCCCCACGGUGUCUUCAUCGAUCCCUCGAGGCGCUUCGUUCUGGUACCUGAUCUCGGUGCAGAUCUCAUUCGCAUCUUCUCCAUCCACUCUUCCAAUGGUACCCUGAAGCCCAUGGAACCGUACCACGCUACUCCAGGAUCUGGUCCUCGCCAUAUUACUUUCUGGGCCCCUAAGGGAACAAGAAGCACUACUGACAACGUGUACAUGUUUCUUGUACAUGAGCUCACCAACAUGGUCAGCGGCUUCCGCGUAAACUACCGCGAACACGUCAUAUCCUUCGAGAAGAUCUUUGAGGGCACUUCUUUUGGCAAUCAAACAGCACCCUCCAGCUCCAAGGUUGCGGAAAUUAAAGUCUCGCCCGAGAACAACCACAUUGUUGUGAGUAACCGUCUAGAUAACACAUUCGGCCGCAACAAUGACUCCAUUGCCAUUUUCAAAAUUGCCGAUGCAAGCGGGGAAUACUUCACCGGUGUCCACUUCGUUGGCCUCUACCCGGCCUUUGGCUCGUCUGUGCGCCAGUUCGAUAUUGGUGGCUCUCCUGACAGACUUGGCCUGGCUCUUGAGGUCAGCCAGAAGGUUGGCGUUGCUCAGUGGGAUACGCAUGCUGGAGUCCCUGGCAACUUGCUUGCUGAGAAGACCCUGGACGGUGAUGUUCCCGCUGUCGUUUGGGCUGACUAA